AACGGUCGCGUGCCGCGGUCGCUCGCGGGGCUCCGGCUGAGGGCCGAGCGCGCUGAGGAGAGUCCGCGGCGCGAGGGCGCCGGCGCCGGAGCGGCGAGGCCGGGUUGUGGCCGUGCGGGCUCGAGGAGCCGCCCGCCGGAGGCCGCGGUAAAAUAUGGCAGACUUCUUUGCAUCGAAGAGCUUUACUGCACUUUCAGAUCUACAUCCAAGUAUGGCUAACUUGAAAGUAAUUGGUAUAGUCAUUGGGAAAACAGACGUCAAAGGCUUUCCAGACAGAAAAAAUAUUGGAUCAGAACGGUACACCUUCAGUUUCACCAUUCGAGAUUCACCAAACCAUUUUGUAAAUGUCACCUCCUGGGGCAAUGAAGAUUACAUCAAGUCACUUUCUGGCAGCUUUCGGGUUGGGGAGUGUGUGAUGAUUGAAAAUCCCCUGAUCCAAAGAAAAGAAAUGGAGAGAGAAGAAAAAUUCAUCCCGACCACACCUAGCAACUGUAAACUACUGCUCAGUGAGAAUCACUCAACUGUGAAGGUCUGUUCUGUUUAUGAAGUGGACAACAAGUUACUUUCUUUGAUACAUUUACCUGUUAAGGAGUCUCGAGAUUAUUAUUCUUUGGGUGAUAUUGUUGCAAAUGGACACAGUCUUGAUGGGAGGAUUAUUAAUGUGCUUGCAGCCGUGAGGUCGGUUGGAGAGCCAAAAUAUUUUACAACUUCAGACCGAAGGAAGGGCCAGAGGUGCGAAGUUAGACUCUACGAUGAGACAGAGGCAUUAUUCCCACUGGCAUGUUGGGAUAAUGAAUCCAUUCUACUGGCACAGAGCUGGACUCCAGGAGAAACAGUAAUAUUUGCCGCAGAUGUAAGAAUAAGCUUUGACAAAUUUCGGAACUGCAUGACAGCAACUGUAAUCUCGAAGUCCAUUAUUACAACGAAUCCAGAUACACCAGAAGCUAACAUCCUACUGAAUUUUGUAAGAGGAAAUAAAGAAGCAAAUGUCUUCGAUGAUGAAAUCGGCAGUCAUUUAAAAGAAUCCAUAAACUUAAAUACAAUAGUUGAAGUCUAUACAGUUGAACAACUGAAGGCAAAAGCUUUGAAGAAUGAAAGAAAAGCUGACCCUUUGUAUGGCAUUCUUUAUGCUUACAUUUCUAUGCUGAACAUCGAUAAUGAAACUACAAACGUAGUGCGAAACAGAUGUUCUGGCUGUGGUUAUAUUGUAAAUGCAGCAUCAAAUACUUGUACAACUUGCCACAGAGACUCCUUGGGAUAUAAAUCCAAUUUUUCCAGCUUCGACAUGCUGAUCGAUGUGACUGACCACACAGGCACCCUCCCUUCCUGCAGUCUCUCAGGAAAUGUCGCUGAGGAGACCUUGGGCUGCACGGUCAAUGAGUUUCUUGCAAUGACAGACGGACAGAAAACAGCGUUAAAGUGGCAACUUCUUUUGGAAAGAAGCAAAAUUUAUUUAAAACUUGUUUCCUCGCCCAGAGCGAGGGGUGGGCUGAGAACCAGCGUUCUCUCAUGUGUGCGUGCAGACCCCGUGGAGGCCAGUCGGCAGCUGUCUGGACAAGGACACCUUUAAAACCACAUAUCACUUUUUUCUAGAUUUAUUUAUUUUAUUUGAAAGGCAGAGAGAAAGAGAGAGGUCCUCCAUCUGCUAGUUCACUCCCCAGAUGGCCACGACAGCUGGAGCUGCGCUGAUCUGAAGCCAGGAGCCAGGAGCUUCCUCCGGGUCUCCCAUGCCGGUGCAGGGGCCCGAGGACUUGAGCCAUCUUCUACUGCUUUCCCAGGCCACAGCAGAGAGCUGGACCAGAAGUGGAACAGCCAGGACUCAAACCAGCGCCUAUAUGGGAUGCCGGCACUGCAGGUGGUGGCCUUACCUGCUACACCACAGCGCCGGCCCCCAUGUAGUUUUAAACUCUGGAGAAGUUUGGAGUUUUGACUCUUUAAAAUAGAAUGUUAAUUUGACAAUUAUGGAUAAAUAUAUUUUGUUUACAUAUGCUGGAAGCGUUCCUAUGAACUGUGGCUGUGCCUCCUCCUGGAGUUAGUCUGGGGCAAGUCUGAAAGCCCCCAGCCGAGCCUGCUGCUCACAAGGCCCUUCCACUGCGCUGCCCUGUGCCCUCCCACGUUGGAGAAUGUUUGCGCUAAUAAACAAGCCCAGUCUCUCGUG